AGUGAAUCUGAUGUAUCGCAGCUUACUAUAGUUAAGAUAUUCCUCACCAUCGUACGAUCUCAGUCGCUAAAAAUUUUCAUCGAUCCGAGUCAAGUAAUAAACCCGCGAAACAGGAGAUGAAAAUCCUUUACUUACUGUAACUUCAUUCUUUUCUUGCCUGUCUCCAUCCCCUGAUAAAUAGAGAACCCCACUCUGUACCCUGCACCGAGAAGGUCGAUCCACGAAGGAGGAACAAACCCUAACGUGAAGAAGAUGAAACACUUGGUGGUCAGGUCGGUGUUGCGAGGCUUGUUGGUCAAUGGAGGUCGGAGCGGCAGAUACAUUUCGACGGUAACGGCUGCGUCGACUGCUGGUGUUUUGAAGCCGACGGAGGUUUGGACGGAGUUAAGGAGCAGAUAUGGUACGUCUUUUGAUGUGUUUUACUGGAGGAGGAUGAUAAGCAGCAAUGCGACGGAGACAGCGGUGGCUGAGAAGUUGAAGACGGAGAAGUCGGUGGAGAAACAAGCGGAGAAAGGAGUGGAAUCGUUUAAGACGAGUGAUGGUACGGUGGUGUCGAGUUACUGGGGGAUUUCGAAGCCUAAGAUCUUGAGAGAAGAUGGCACCGAGUGGCCAUGGAAUUGCUUCAUGCCGUGGGAAACCUACCGGUCGAACACAGCGAUAGAUCUGUCUAAGCAUCAUGUGCCCAAGACAUUUCUCGAUAAGUUUGCGUACAGGACAGUGAAACUGCUUCGAGUCCCAACGGAUAUAUUCUUUCAGAGACGGUAUGGGUGUCGUGCCAUGAUGUUGGAAACUGUGGCUGCUGUCCCUGGUAUGGUAGGAGGGAUGCUGCUGCACCUAAGGUCUCUCCGCAGGUUCCAGCAAAGUGGUGGUUGGAUUAAAGCCCUGCUUGAGGAAGCAGAGAAUGAAAGGAUGCACCUGAUGACAAUGGUGGAGCUUGUGCAGCCUAAGUGGUAUGAGAGGUUACUGGUCCUUGCAGUGCAGGGAGUCUUCUUUAAUGCUUACUUUGUGCUUUAUCUGCUAUCUCCCAAAUUGGCUCAUAGAAUUACUGGGUAUUUGGAGGAGGAGGCUAUACACUCUUAUACAGAGUUUUUAAAAGAUAUAAAAAAUGGUAAAAUUGAAAAUGUUCCAGCUCCUGCCAUUGCAAUAGAUUACUGGAGGCUGCCAAAGGACGCAACCUUGGAGGAUGCUAUAACAGUCAUCCGCGCUGAUGAAGCUCACCAUCGUGAUGUUAACCACUUUGCUUCUGAUAUUCAUUAUCAGGGCAAGGAAUUGAGGGAGGCACCAGCCCCUCUAGGAUAUCACUGAGAGCAAGAGAACUAGUCUCUCCUGGUUAUCCUUGAAAUUUGCCUUGUAUUUGGACUUCUGAAGAUAUAAAUUUGAGAUUAAGCUUAGAUAAUAUUUCUCUUGUAUAUGCUGAAAGCCACUACUAUUUUGAGCAUGGAUUAGUUUAAACAAUUGUAUCUUGAUUUGUGAGUAAUAAAGAUGAGAUUUAGCUA